ACCUCCGGCGGUGGUGACCGAGGCUGAGGGUGUCCGUAGCCGUGGGGUUUGCGUUAAGGCCGAGCGUCUUUGGGCCUGGGCGCCCCGCUCAGUCAAGGGACGCGGUUCCCCCACCCGCAGCUUUCCUCAGGGGUGCGUAGAGGAGGCGGGGGGGGCGACUUCCGGGCCCCAUCCCGCGCCUCCAGGAAAGCUAGCCGAUGCUCCCCUGGUCCCCGCGCAUCCCCUGCUGCACCUCGCCCAGGAGGGAAGAAUUGAUGGAAGAAGCCGGGGCUCGGAAGCGUGAAGUGACCGCUGCGCAGCGCACACUUGUGGUUUGAAUCAGGAAUGAAAUCUUCUGAAAGCCAAGACCAGAAGGCUUUUUGUUCAGAAUGGAAGACAAAAGACGGCAAGCCCGAGUGCAAGGAGCCUGGGCUGCUCCUGCGAAGAAGCGAGCGGCUGCUCAGCCAGCUACCACUCCUAGGAGCCAUCACCAUCAGACACCUGGUCAGAACUGGAGGAACAAGGAACAUUCGCUGUCUGACAGACUGUUUAUAUUCAAAGAACCCCAGCAGGUAGUCCGUAGAGCCCCCGAACCACGUGUGAUCGACAGGGAGGGUGUGUAUGAGAUCAGCCUGUCACCCACAGGCAUAUCUAGGGUCCGUUUAUAUCCUGGCUUUGUUGAUGUGGAAGAAGCCAACUGGAUAUUGGAGCAGCUUCACCGAGCUGUUCCCUGGAAACAGAGGGUGGGCGUCCGAGAGGAUAUAACUUAUCUUCAGCCAAGACUUACAGCAUGGUAUGGAGAACUUCCUUACACUUAUUCAAGAAUCACUAUGGAACCAAAUCCUCACUGGCCUCCCGUGCUGAGUACCCUAAAGAACCGCAUUGAAGAGAACACUGGCCACACCUUCAACUCCCUGCUCUGCAAUCUCUACCGAGACGAGAAGGACAGUGUGGACUGGCACAGCGAUGAUGAGCCUUCACUGGGGACCUGCCCCGUCAUUGCAUCACUUAGUUUUGGGGCCACACGUACUUUCGAGAUGAGGAAGAAACCCCCACCUGAAGAGAAUGGAGACUACACAUAUGUGGAAAGAGUGAAGAUACCCUUGGAUCACGGGACCCUGUUAAUCAUGGAAGGAGCCACACAAGCUGACUGGCAGCAUCGUGUGCCCAAGGAAUACCACUCCAGAGAACCGAGAGUAAACCUGACCUUUCGGACCAUUUAUCCAGACCCAAGAGGGGCACCCCAGUGAUGGGAGGUCUUCACAGAAGCCUCUGAGCAAGGCCCACGCAGCCCCUCUGCUGGAGUCUCUCCAAGAAGAUGGUGACCUUUGCUUCCCAGCUCCGAGUCUUAAGGAGAACCAGCAGUUCACGUUGGUAAUAUGUCAGCUGUGGGAAGUUAUUCUAAAGCACAUCUCAAAAUCAAGCAUUACCUUCAGGCACAUUAAAAACAGCUCUAGCUGUGCUUAUA